AUGGAAGAGUCCCAAGUUCAUAAAAAUAAUCAGAUUCGUCAAGCUUUUCAAUCAAUGGUGUUAGAUGAUUGGGCUGAAACUCUCUUCAAAGUUCUUGUGAGGGGAUAUUACCUCAAGAACAACUACAACUCUCACACCAGCUCUGAUGCCAAACAUGUGGGAAAGCAUUUAGAACAAUCCCUACACCAAAACUCUGAUGGUUGCUUUAGUGCACUUCAGGUGAUUAUAUGUCCUUAA